AUGGCCCCGCACGCCGUCCGGCUCGACUCUAUCUGGGGUUCCUAUUCGGUCGAGUCGAACGAUCCAACCUCUAGUUACCAAUGGUCUGUGGCCUCCGUUCAGAGCCCGCGCAUGGGGCAAAAGGACUACGGGUCCUUAAGUCCCUAUGAGUCCUCACAGAAUCCGAGACCCUACUAUCGUACCUACUUUUCCCCGUCCCCUUACCCGUUACGAGCCCGCGGGGCCUCUGCUAGCGCUUCAACUCGACCAGGUUCCUCUGUACACAACCCUAUCCUUAUCAUGGACGGGCCUAUGUACAGAGGCGGGGUGAUUCGUCCUUCAUGGUUCCAAUGGUCCCGCCAGCGUUUGGAAGCGUUCAACCGCCCCAAUCGACCUCGAACCCGAGUCAAUCGCUCAGCUGAUGGCCCGGCUUCUCCGGAUCAUCGGCCUUUUGUCGUUGCCGGAUCGGCGAUGGCCCAAGUGGCUUCGAUUAUCGCAUCCAGUGAUCGUCCGGAUUCCCCGUCCGAACUCCGGACCCCGUCGCCCUCCCCGUCGCGGGUUCCCCCCGGGUUGGUGGGCCUCCACCCCCGCUUUCAGGGUGCGGAUGCAGCCAGUCCCGGCCAGGCGUCUCCAGUAUACCAACCUCGCCUCCCGGGUGAGAGAUCGCAUCCCAACUCGCCCGUUUAUCGACCCGCUUCCGACGAAGCCGACAAUCCAUUCUUAGUAUCCAACCGAGUUGUCAUAGGCGACGAGUGGCUGGUACCGGCUGCUCCUCGUCCCAGCAACCUCACUUCGCCGGCUAUCAGCUGUCGAAACUCGAUCGCAGAUUCGUCCGAGUACGGGUCUCAUUCCUCGGCCGAGUAUGGGGAUCGUUCCCAGGGUUCGGGUGCGUCAGGCUCAUCUCAAUCCGGGGAAGCUACUGCCGAGACCGAUCGCGCCGAUGAUGGGAUGGACCUCCUUAUUGAGUGGUCGGGUGGUGUCCCUCCACCCCCUGAGUGGGAUGAUACGUGGACCACCUUACCCGACUGGCUUAACCAGCCCGCGCCUACUGGUAACGAGCCCAACGGUCAUCAACCCAUCGAGGUUGAUGCCGUUGAUCCUGAAGGUGGUGCCGAUGCCGACGGCGUUGAUGAUGCCGAUGGUGAUGCCGAUGGUGAGGCCGAUGCCGAUGGUGUCACCGAGACUGAUCUGGCGGACGACGUCAGCAUGAGUAGCAUUUCUCGUGCUUCCACCCCCUCCAUCAUUGGUCAACCCCCGAUCGAGGAUUACCCCUUCUUAAGCGACCUCCAAGUCCAAGCUCUCCUGGAGCCCCAUCGUCCCUUAGCUAUCAAGCAUCGUGCUUGUUUCGCAAUCGACUCCGAGGCCUAUACUAGGCUCUAUCACACUUUUGCUCGAGCCUUCGUACCCUACUGCCAGCAGAUUCCCAACGAGGUCGUCAACGGUCGAAUCCAGCGAGUUCACAUCUUCCAGGUCGUAUCCGAAGAGUUUCGAUCUACCAUGCGUCAAGCUGGCUACGAUGACUAG